AAAGCCGAACGAAUAAAGCAGGGAAUGACAGCCGACAAAUAAGGAAAAGAGGAGGCUUCGUCGGCGAGGAUGAUGCUUCUCCAGUACAUCUUUGGAGGCGUCGUCACCUCUCUCUUAGGGUUUCUUUUGCUUCUCAGGCAUCGACAUGCGAAGAAAAAUGAAUCCGGCAAAGCGGGAAUUCAUGCGGUGAGGACGCAAACAGCGAGAGCGGGAUCGCGCUGCUCAGCCGAUGUCAUCGUUGUAGGAGCCGGCGUUGCUGGAUCCGCACUCGCCUACACGCUCGGUAAGGCUGGCCGUCGAGUACAUGUAAUUGAAAGAGAUUUGGCAGAGCCUCAUAGAAUCGUUGGUGAAUUUUUACAACCAGGAGGCUACCUGAAAUUGAUUGAGUUGGGCCUUGAGGACUGUGUUGAAGAAAUUGAUGCUCAACGAGUUGAUGGUUACGCACUUUUUAAAGAUGGGGAGAAUACAAAGCUCUCCUAUCCUUUGGAGAAAUAUGGUUCACGUGUUGCUGGCAGGAGCUUUCACAAUGGACGUUUUGUACAGAGGAUGCGGGAAAAAGCUGCAUCUUUACCCAAUGUUCUUAUGGAGGAGGGAACUGUCACAUCUUUGUUUGAAGAAAAGGAGGUCGUUAAAGGAGUGAUAUAUAAGAGUAAAGCUGGUGAAGAAAUGCAAGCUUGUGCUCCUCUCACUAUUGUAUGUGAUGGCUGCUUUUCAAACCUGCGGCGCUCUCUCUGCUCUUCGAAGGUGGAAGUCCCAUCUUCGUUUGUUGGCUUGAUCUUGGAGAACUGCAAGUUACCAUUUCCAAACCAUGCGCAUGUUAUUUUGGCAGAUCCUUCACCCAUUCUAUUUUAUCCUAUAAGUAGCACAGAAGUUCGCUGCCUGGUUGAUGUACCUGGUCAGAAAAUUCCUUCCAUUGCUAACGGAGAGAUGUCUAAAUAUUUGAAGACUGUAGUAGCACCACAAAUACCAAGUGAAAUGCAUGAUGCCUUUAUUGGGGCUGUAGAUAACGGUAGAAUAAAAACUAUGCCAAAUAGGAGCAUGCCAGCAAACCCUCUUCCAACUCCUGGAGCACUUCUAAUGGGAGACGCAUUUAACAUGCGGCAUCCACUAACAGGUGGAGGAAUGACGGUGGCAUUAUCAGAUAUUGCUGUGCUUCAGAAUCUCCUUGAACCACUGCAUGAUCUCCAUGAUGCAUCUUCUCUGUGUAAAUAUCUGGAAUCCUUCUACACCUUACGAAAGCCUGUUGCUUCUACAAUAAACACCUUGGCUGGUGCACUGUAUAAGGUUUUCAGUUCCUCACCUGAUCAGGCAAGGAAUGAAAUGCGGCAAGCAUGUUUUGACUAUCUGAGCCUUGGAGGAACUUGUUCAACUGGACCUCUGGCUUUACUAUCUGGUCUUAAUCCCCGUCCAUUGAGCUUAAUUGCCCAUUUCUUUGCUGUUGCCGUAUUUGGGGUUGGUCGUCUCAUGUUGCCAUUUCCUUCUCCAAAGCGCAUUUGGGUUGGAGCUAGAUUGAUUGCGAGUGCAUGUGACAUAAUUUUCCCUAUAAUAAAAGCAGAGGGGGUUCGACAAAUGUUCUUUCCUGCUACUGUUCCUGCUUAUUACCGGAGGACUCCUAUACAAUGAGAACUCCAUAUCAAACUCUGUAUCAUUUACUGUAUGUAAUAUUUCCAGCGAACCUUCACUCAGUAUUAUCAUGGAAUAACUGAAAGCUGUUUAAUAUAAUCUUACAACAGUGCUUUUAUAUGUAGUUUUACAUGCAAUUUAUAAGCUGUAGCGUCCAUUUUCUGAGUUACUGUUCACUA